GCGGACAGAGUGUAGCCGGGCGGCGUGCGGUUUCACACAAGCAACGCAAGAUGAGAUAGAGGUGGAAGCUACCGUGUGGACGCUGACGGCGGAACUUGGUAGACCACGAGGAGCUUGCUGACAAAGCGUCUUCCUCUGCUUCUCCUCCAAACAACUCCAACCUGGGCGACCGGCCGGCCGCCUCGUCGGCCUUCCUGGUCGUCUCCUCCUCUCGGCUCCGCCGUGCGGCUCGUGGCCAUCGCCCAUCGGCCGUCGGCAAGGAGAGGGGCGGUGGCACCUAGCUAGCUAGCUGAUCGCCUGGGCAUCGAUCUCCGCCAUGAGCAGCGCGGACUACUACGUUGGCCACCCAACCACGUACACGGCGCCGGCGCCGGCACCGGGAACGCAACAAGCACCACCCCAGGUAGUCGCCGCCGGCGGUGAGCAAAUCCCAGUGAGCACCCAAACUCCUGGUCCGUCCACGGCACCAAUGCUUGCUUGUGACCUUAUCGCAGGAGCAACGCACAGUUACAGUUACUUCGUGGGUCACCCGGUGAGCCCUGAGAAGACGCUAAAGCCAGCACAGCCAGCUCCAUCUCCGCUGCCUGCUCAUGGUCACACAACAAAGAGAUCAAGCUUGCUGCCCAGAUGCUUCCCGUGCUUCGGUGGUAGUCGAGUUGCCGAGCAAUAAGAUUGAGACUUGAGAGCAGUUCCAGCCGCGGAUCGUACGAAAUCAACGGGAGAGAGAGACCACGACGACGACGACGACGACAAUUGAAGUUUUCUGGAGGGAUCGGGGGAGCUUCAUUGCAUUAUUGUCUUGUACUCAUAUGAAAGAAGCUGAUAUUUUUUCUCUUGUACACUUGGAUUUUGUUUACAUUGAUUCUGAAAUAUUGAAUAUUCAAUGGAACUACAAAUUCAACUA